AUGAGGAGUACAAGAUCGAAUUCAUUCAAGUCGAAGUUCAAGAACACAUUAGAGACGGUCUUGAAUCCUAAAGAUGACGCUGAUGAUUUCAUUGCGAUGAAGGUGUCAAUUUUGACAACAAAGACGUUUAUGUUCGAUAAGGUGUCUGUGCCGUCAGUCGGGUUUGGUUGUGCAGAAGAUAAUGAAGGUAGUGGGUUCAAUCAAGGUGUUGGGUUAGUAGGGUUAGGAAGGGAACCUUUGUCUUUAGUUUCACAACUCAAAAAGUCAACAUUUUCUUAUUGUUUAACCUCCAUUAAUGAUGAUACAUCAUCAGGAAACCCAUCAAGUACUCUCGUAAUGGGAUCUUUAGAAAGCCAAAUAGCAAAUGAUAGCGUUUUCACCACUCCAUCGAUCAAAAACCCAUCACAACCAUCCUUUUACUACCUUUCACUCCAAGGUAUUUCUAUCGGAAACGUUGAUUUGCCUAUCAAGAAAUCGACUUUAGAAAUCAAUUCAUAUGGGAUAGGUGGGGUCAUCAUCGAUUCGGGUACAACCAUUACGUAUCUUGAAGAAUUUGCUUUUAAUAUGCUGAAUAAAGAAUUUGUUUCACAAACGAAUUUGAAUGUAGAUAACUCGGGUUCGACUUGUUUGGAUUUAUGUUUUGAGUUAACUUCAGAUGAUGGUUCAGGGGAGAUGUCGAUCGAGAUUCCCAAGCUGGUGUUUCAUUUUGAUGGUGCGAGUUUGGAUUUGCCAGGGAAGAAUUACAUGAUCGGAGAUAUGAAUACUGGAGUGGCGUGUUUGACGAAGGGGGGUUCAAGUGGAAUUUCAAUAUUUGGAAAUAUUUAA